GUUCCUCACUCUGAGGACAAGGUUCCUUACACUGACGAAAAGGUUCCUUACUCUGAGAACAAGUUUUGUUACUCUGAGGAUAAGGUUCCUCACUCUGAAGACAAGGUUCCUCACUCUGAGGACAAGGUUCGUCACUCUGAGGACAAGGUUCCUCACUCUGAUGACAAGGUUCCUCACUCUGAGGACAAG